CAGAGCGUGUAUGGAGUCAUCCCGCUGCUGUAGGCGGGGGCGAGCCCCUUUGCCCGUGAUAUUAAUGCGUUUUCCCGCUAUGCCAGUCUAUGAAACAGCACGCAAGUAUUGGCUAUUGCUUACCUCUUGUGUUGUCCUUCGUUUGCAAACAGUGGACAGGAACUUAACCCGUUUGUGUUGACAGCUGCUGAAGUCCUUUACAAUGACUCGUCGAAAACAGUCGAAGCCCAGAUCUUUGAAAGGUCAAGCUGACAGGUUAAAUACAAAGGAAGAUAGCGUGGUUGUGGGGAAGAAACGUUGCUCCUGGGAAAGAAGAAAAGAGAGGGAUGAGGAGAGGGAACAAUGUGGGGAAGAGAAGGAUGAAGUUGCUAAAGAACACAGGAGUGCAAGCCUAAAGCAAUCUGAAUCAUUCACCCAACAGAUGCACUGCCAUGGUUCAGCAAAUCAUAAUGUUGAGGAAGAUGAAAUAUGUCGUUUAGCUUCUCUUUCCUCGGCUCACUCCUCCGUUGACCAUGAAGAUGGAUGUGACCUUGGAUUCAAGGGAGACACAUUUAGAGAUCAUCAGAGACUUAAUCAGUGCAGGAGGGCAAACACCCCUUUGCCUGGCAACAGUUCAGUACCUCUCGAAUUAUUCCAAACGGAUAUCAGCAGUGAGAGCCCCACAAAAAGCAAACAGGGCUUGAGUAAUCAAUAUGAACAGGGCAGUGCUACGUCCUCCCGACAUCUCUCUCUUGUAAAUAAUCCACAGAAUAACAUGGGGGAAUCUGAGAAAAGACAACCUCCAGAUUUUGCUGCACAAGAUCAGUCGUGUUUCUCAAUGACAGAAUGCACUUGUGCCACCAGUCCAGCAACUCCAAAUGCUGUCGGAGUGUCUCCUUGUGCAGAAAAGAGAAAGUCUCAGUUUGUCUCCAAAAAUUGUUUAGGAAUCUCCAAAAAGCUCAAGGUUUUCAAUGAUUUCGUUCAUUGUCACAACUACAUGGACCAUAGAGUAUGUCCACAGACCCAAAUCAAGGACAAUGAAAUCCACUCAAGUUCUGAGAUCCUGACUUUUCCAUCUGAACCAAAGGAGCAGAAAGAGGCUAAUGUGAUGCUAGAUCACUCCGUGUUGCUUGAAGCUGCAAUCACAGCGGCCGUUCAAACAGUUCUUCAGUGUAGCUUCUGUCCCACAUCGUUAAAAGACCUGAAAGCCCUUCAAGAGCAUGUUCGCCAAUCACACAACUCAGCUUUAAUCGAGAGCAACGUCUUUUUCUGCUCCCAGUGCCUCCGAGGAUUCCUGACAAAGGACACGCUAGAUAAUCACGUGCGGCAGACACACUGUAAAAACCAGAGUCUGAAACUUGAUCCAGAUGCGGAAGAAACUUCAGAAAGAAAGUCUUUGAAAUUCUGUCCAUACUGCAUCCAUUUGCCUACAUUUAGCAGUAAGAUAAAACUGAUGCAGCAUAUCAAAAAGACACACAAGAACAUUAAUUUGAUGAACCUUAAAGAAGGAAGGAGGACAAUGGGUUCAACGUCACCCCAAUCAAUCAAGAGUGUUGCCCAAAAAACUAGCUAUGGUGCAUUACCUUCAACCGACUUCAUCUGUGACCACUGUGGGGCUAAAUACACCAAUCUGGAUCUGUUUCAAACUCACUUGAGUUCCCACCUGAAGAGUAUGCUUCCAAAACUUACAUGUCCAGAGUGUUUAAAGGAUUUCCCAAACCAGGAAUCUUUUAAGGAACAUGCAGUGUCUCAUUUUAGCAAUUCAUCUACGCUCUACAUCUGUGAGAGCUGCAGUAAGUCCUUUACCAGUGUCAAAGACUUACAUGGGCACCUACUUGAGAUGCACACCGUUGUGUUUUACCGAUGUUCCCUCUGCCAGCAGGUGUUCGACACCAAGGUGUCUAUUCAGGUUCACCUGGCCUCCGAGCACAGUAACAAGAAAACCACAUUCCACUGUACGUCGUGCGAAUGGGACUUCAAGCAAGAGCAUGACUUGCACCUGCAUGUCAAACAGAAACAUCUUGACAAACAAUGCAAGUUGUACUGUUGCAUCUUCUGUGCAGAGUCCUUUACCACAGACAUUGAGUUGCAGUGUCAUAUCACAACACAUAGCGACAAAUGCAGUCCCUGCGUCUGUACCAAUACCAGAUCUCCCCUCGAGGUGCCCUUACACGAGGAACUCUGUGCCAAGAGUGCUGAAGGUAACAACGUGACCCCUCCACCUGUCUCCGAACCAGUUGCCAAAGACAGCGCUGGAAUGCUGCCAGUGAAUAGUGAAAUAAGAGUCGGUAAGGUGGAAUCGCUGUUCAGCCCUCCCACUGAAAGCAAAGGGAAGGCAAAUCUGAACGAUCCUAUGUUUGCCUGUGAAAUCUGUGGUGCUUCUUACACCAUGCAGUCCUUGCUCGCCAACCACCAGCUGCGAGAUCACCACAUCCAGCCCGGGGAGAGUGGCACUCUCAAGCGCAAAGUGGAGGCAAUCCAAGGGAGCCACAAAUGCAAAGACUGUUCCAAGACCUUCUUCACUGAGAUGGCACUGUGGGAGCACGUCCAGACUCAUCUAGGCCCCACCAAGCACUGCCAAUGCCCCAUCUGUGGAGAGCGCUUCCCUUCACUGCUAACUCUGACUGAACACAAGGUCACCCACAGCAGGAGCUUGGACACAGGCAACUGCCGCAUCUGCAAGCUUCCUCUUCACAGUGAGGAGGACUUCCUGGAACACUGUCAGAGGCACCCCGACCUGCACAACUCACUGACAGGCUUCCGCUGUGUUGUGUGCAUGCAGACGGUCACCUCCACUCUCGAGCUGAAAAUUCAUGGAACUUUCCACAUGCAAAAGGUCCAGGGUGAUGAUCUGAUCAACAGCUGCGUGGAUCCCUCCAUCCUUAAUCCUGACCUUAAAAUCUCCUCAAGUGCUGCUCAGCAGGAAACGGUCACUAUGAAUGUCAGUACAUUUGAGCAUAGACUCCGAGACAAUAAGACUAGCAUUUCCGUAGUCAAUUGUUGUUCGGCUACAGCACUCAUACCAGAGGAGAGAAGCAAUAAGAACACUCUCACACAGACCACAACAGUUUGAGGUAACUUUUAAA